ACAAUUAUUCUUAAUGUACUUUUAAUUUAUUCGAAAUACCGCGCGCUUCAGUAUUUUAAACUCGCGAAAAACUAUUUUAUAAACACACAUUAUGUUGCGAUAUCUAACUAUGUAAAAAAAAUUAAAAAGAAAUUAUAGAAAUUUUUAAUUAUCAAUAUUACUUAGUUAUGGUAUCUGUCAUGCAACCUUUUAUGGAUAUAGAAAGUUCACGAAGUUACAUAGAUGAGCUUUAUUCUACUGAACCUCAAAAAUGUUUAAAUGCAAUUAUAUGUUUAAAAAAUUCUGUUAUUGGCAGUAAUCGUCAAAAAGCAUCUGUAAUAGCUCAAGGUGUAGUUCCAAGACUCCUCCAACUUUUAUGUAGUACUAAUAAUAUAUGUAAUGACAGAGUUCACUUAGAAUCUGCAGUUACACUAGGUUCGUUAGCUAAAGGAACGGAUCAACAUGUUUUGGCAUUAAUAGAUUUAGGGGUAGUAACUUCAUUACUUCAAGUAUUAUCAACAGCAGCCGUAGAAUGUUCAAAUAAUGACAAUUUAAAAAUACAUAAUUUAUUUAUUGAAGCAUGCUUAAGAUGUUUACGAACAAUUUUUCAACACUCAUCGGCACCAGUCUCUUCAAUAUUUCAGGAUCCUGAAUUUAUACCACGUUUUCUUCAACUUUCUAAUAUAUCUAUUAAUUGUCAAGUUUAUGUUGCAAUGAUAUUAACUACAGCUUGUAAGACAAAUGAUGAACAAAAUAUAUUAUUAAAAGGUGGUGCGAUUAAUACUGUGGCUACACAAUUAGAAUGCUCAUUGGCUGAUGUGCAGUUACCUGCAUUAGCAUGUCUCGCUAAUAUGUGUUAUCAAAAUCAGGAUGUCGCAUCACUUAUUGCUACAACAACAAUUUCUCAUGAACCAGAUAGUAAAUCUGUACCAACUAUAUUAGGACAACUAAUGGGAAGAGAAAAAAAUUCAUUGAUACAACUUGAGGCUGCUCGGUGUACAGCAUAUAUGCAUCGAGCACAAGCUUUAAGUGCAACAGAUUCAAGAGUAAUUUACAAAGCUUUACCUUGCUUAAUAAGACUUUGCCAUAAAGACAGACCAGCAAGAGAAAGAGUAGCAGCUGCAGAAACACUAGCAUAUUUAACAGAAGUAGAUACAGAUUUACAAAGGCUCGCUUCAAUCAGUAACCAUUUAAUACCGACGCUAGCCGAACUUUUAAAGCCAAAUUCUCAGGUGCAAGAUGCAGCUUUAUCACAAGAUAUGAGACAAGCAGCGUUUAGAGCUUUUGCAUCAUUAGGAGCUAAUGACGAAGACAUUCGUAAACGAAUAAUUGAAACUGAAAAUUUAAUGGAGCAAGUAGUUUCUGGGUUACAAGAUCCAGGUGGUGCAAAAGUGCGAUUAGCUGCUGUACGUUGUCUUCAUUCGUUAUCAAGAAGUGUGCAACAACUAAGAACAACUUUUCAAGAUCAUGCAGUUUGGAGGCCAUUAAUGCAGUUACUUCACGGUGCAGAUAAAGGAUUAGAUGGAAAGAAUGAAGGAGAAGAUGACCUACUUACAGUUGCAUCGGGCACACUAUGCAAUUUACUUUUAGAAUUUAGUCCUAGUAAAGAACCAAUUUUAGAAUCAGGUGGAGUUGAACUACUUUGUUCUUUAACAAAAAGAUCUGAUUCUGCUCUCAGACUAAAUGGUAUUUGGGCAUUAAUGAAUGUAGCUUUUCAAGCAGAACAAAAAGUGAAAUCACAAAUUUUAACAUGUCUUGGAACUGAUCAGAUAUUUCGCCUUCUUGCUGACCCAGAACUUGCCGUUUUGAUGAAAACUUUAGGACUUCUUAGAAAUCUUCUUUCAACUAAAACUCAUAUUGAUAGAAUAAUGGCUGAUCAUGCGGCACAUGUAAUGCAAGCAGUAAUCUUGGUACUUGAAGAUCCAGUGCAUCCUGCUGAUGUAAAAGAACAAGCACUUUGCAUAUUAGCAAAUGUGGCAGAUGGCGAUCGAGCGAGAGACCAUAUCAUGGCUAACGAAGAUGUUUUAAAAAAAUUAAUGGAUUAUAUGAUGCACAGUAAUGUUAAAUUACAAGUAGCAGCUAUAUUCUGUGUAUGCAAUUUAGUAUGGAGAGAAGAACCUGGAGCAGCACAAAGACAAUCACGUUUAAAGGAAUUAGGAUUAUAUAGAAUUUUAUUACAACUUCGACAUACAAAAGAUACGCAGCUUUUCGAUAAAGUAAAAACAGCAUUAGCACAAUUUUUCGAUGCUUGAAGAUAAUGCAAUUAAAUGAUAAAUUUUUAGUAAUUACUAAAAUACGAAUUAAAUU